GGGAGCCGGAAGCAACCGGAGCACAGAGCCGGGGAACUUGGCGUGCGAGGUGAGCUCCCUGCCUGUUGCUGAAGCGCGUGGUGCGUGCGCCCAGGCGAGAGGUGGCCGAAAACCCGGCUUCCGUUGUGGUUCCUGAUACCGCGUGUGAAAUAUGGUUGGGCGAUCCCGGCGGCGCGGUGCGGCCAAGUGGGCAACUGUGCGAGCCAAUUCAGGCCGCGACCCUGCGGGCGAAAAGGAAGACGACUCCGAAUUGCCACCAUCGCCUGGGGACUCCAGCUACUACCAAGAUCAGGUAGAUGAUUUCCAUGAGGCACGAUCCCGGGCCGCUUUGACUAAGGGCUGGCAUGAAAUAGAUAAUGGAGACGAGGAGGAGGAUGGUGAUGAAGAGGAGGAGGUGCUUGGCCUAGAUGGUGACGAUGACGAUGAUGGGGAAAGUGUGGGGGAGGAAGAUGGCGAUGAUGAUGAUAGCUCCAUGCAGAGUGAGACUGAGGCAUCUGUGGACCCCAGUUUGUCGUGGGGUCAGAGGAAAAAACUUUACUAUGACACGGACUAUGGCCCCAAGUCCCGAGGCCGGAAGAGUCAACAAGACUUAGAGGAGGAAGAAAGAGAGGAGGAGGAGGAGGCACAGCUCAUCCAGGAACGACUAACCCAAGCCCUGCAAGAAGAUGAUUUUGGAGUCACCUGGGUAGAGGCCUUUGCAAAACCAGUGCCCCAGGUGAAUGAGGUCGGUACACGGGUGGUGAAGGACCUGACCAAAGUUUCAGUGAAAGAGAAGCUGAAGAUGUUGCGGAAAGAAGCACCAGAGCUCUUAGAGUUGAUAGAAGACUUGAAAGUCAGGUUGGCAGAGAUGAAAUAUGAACUGGAGCCAUUGCUACAGAUGGUGGAGCAAAGGCUUAUUCCAUCCAGAAAGGGAAGCCAGUAUCUGAGAACCAAGUACAACCUCUACUUGAACUACUGCUCUAAUAUUAGUUUUUAUUUGAUCCUGAAAGCUAGGAGGGCACCUGUGCAUGACCAUCCUGUCAUAGAAAGGCUUGCUACCUACAGAAACUUGAUCAACAAACUGUCUGGUGUCGACCAGAGGCUAUCUUCCGAAAUCCGUCAUCUACUCAAACUCAAAGAUGGGACUGGAAAGAAGGAACUGCGUCUUAAAAUAAAAUCCAUGACGGCUAAGCCAAAGUCUGCUCCAAAGGCUUUAGCUGCUGCGUCUGGUGCUACAGAUAUUUCCAGUGAUUCUGAUGUUGAUGAAACUGCACUGAAGUACCAUAAAGAAAUGGAAGACAGGGAGAAGUUGAAGAGAAAGAAAGAAGAAAGCACUGCAGAGCAGGCUCUUGAAGAUCCAAAGGCAAAGAGAGCCAUUACCUAUCAGAUUGCUAAGAAUAGAGGACUUACACCUAGGAGAAAGAAGAUUGAUCGCAAUCCCAGAGUGAAACACCGAGAAAAGUUCAGAAGGGCCAAAAUUCGCAGAAGAGGCCAGGUUCGUGAAGUUCGUAGAGAAGAGCAACGUUACAGUGGUGAAUUAUCUGGCAUCCGAGCGGGAGUUAAAAAGAGCAUUAAGCUUAAAUAAAGUAUUUUGCUUACUCUUUUUGACACUAA